AAAGAGAAUAGACAAAAAGGGGCAUAGGAUUCCAUACUUCAAAAUAUCCAAAUCAACAUGUUACUAAUAGAACAGUAUGAACAGCAAUAUGCUGCACUGAUUGCGGAGAUCACAUCUGAAAUCGCGCAACUAAAACAAUUGAAAGGGGGUAAGAACCAUCCGAAUACAAUGCAAAAAAACAAGUACAUAUGUAUUUCUUUUGCAGUGGAACGCCGAGAUCUAAGCUCCAAAAUCGAUGCAAGUCUUGCAGAAGCACAUGAACUUUUAGAGCAAAUGACCUUGGAAAUACGGGAAGUAGAUGUUACGUUGCGUCCAAGUUUCCAAAAUAAAGUCAGUUGUGCGCAAGUGGAAUUGAAAAGACUACAAUCCGAUUAUCGUGGUGCCAAAGAAGCUCAGCAGAAACAACACAUGACAGUCUUAGAGUUGGGUGGUGGUGAUGGCGAUUAUUAUGAUGAUAUUUCCAUAAGUAAUGAUCAGCGACAACACCUAUUGGAAAAUUCAGAACGUAUAGAACGCACGGGAAAUCGUUUAGUGGAUGGUUAUCGAGUUGCACUAGAAACAGAGGCGUUAGGCGCUCAAGUGCUUAAUGAUUUGAGCCAUCAACGUGAAGUUUUGCAUGGCGCACGUGCUCGUUUACGAGAAACCAAUGCGGAUCUAGGACGAGCUUCGCGUACUCUGAAUUCAAUGAUGUUACGAGCAUUACGGGAAAAAUAUGUUCUAUAUGUAGUCGGUGUAUGUUUUGUGGUAGCUGUUGGUGUUAGCCUUUAUUUGACGUUCUCAUCAAGUUCACCCACUGCUUAGUUGGUAAUUUAAGAGUGAUCUCUUUAUUGUUGUAGUAUUAUGUAUGUUAUCGCGUAUAUUUAUCUAGUGCGUGUCUUUGUGGUCAUUAAAGUUAUACAUUCCCUUCUCGGCAAUGUAAUGGUGUUUCUUUGUUGAAAUGCACAAAAAAAAUCUAAAUAAAUAAGUUUAGAAUAAAGCAUAAAAAAUAUAUACACAUGAA